AUGUCGGACAUUCGAGGACCCACGUCCGCCCUCACCUCGUUCCUCCGGGACAAGAACAUUCGCAUUCCCAAUGCCAACCGCUUCCGUCGUAGAGACGAAGCAGCAGCUGCAGCGGCUGCAGCAGCAGCCGAGGCCGCCGAUGGCGGCGUUACUCAGAGCACUCAGGACACACUAGACGGAGCCGUCGCUGCCUUGCAGGCCGAGGCUUCACGAGAGGCUGGGCCCAGUGGGAGCUCUUCCCCGGCAGCUGGAAGCUCUCGCACUGCCAAGCGCAAGGCUCCAGUCGCUUCUGGUAGCGCUGCUCCUGCCAAGAAAGUCAAAGCUGUCAAAGGCCUAUCUAUGAACUUUGACGAAGAAGAUGAGGACGAUGAGGAGUACAUAGGCACAGGUAGUGAGGCUGGAGAUGCAGAUGAUGCAGAUGAACAAUACGUACCUCGUGCGACACGUAGGAGGGGCGGUGAAGUAGCUGCGCCUAUAGCAGAGGCUGAUGAGGAGAUCAGCAAGUGGUCUGCUAUCCAGCAAGGUGUCGAGGGAGGACCUUCUAGGAAGCUCACUGCGACUGGCGCAGUUGACAAUUGUGCUGGCUGCUCGCGCAAGUUCUCACUUACUGGCUACACCGUCCAGACUGCCUCGGGCGGCCUGUGCCACAAAUGCGGACCCGAGUACAACAACUGGCAGAUCACCGGCGGAGGGGCAAGGACAGCCCGAAGCAGCGGCUCAGGUAGCCAGAGCCGAUCCUAUUCAGUCUUUGAUGGCGCUGGUCCUUCAGGCAGCAGGAAGCCUGCCCAGAAGAAGAAGAAAACUACCAUCAUCAAGCCUCAGGACAAGAAGGAGCUGGCAAACUUGCAGUCUAUGUGCAUCAAUAUCAUCUCGAAUUACAUUGAAGACGUUGAGGCCUUGGGAGGCAUUGGCAGACAGAGCAUCGACGCCUUGAGCAAGAGCAUCUCAAAGAAUCGUCGCCUCACGCCUCAGACCGUACAACUCUUCCUCGAGCCUGACAUCACCAGUCUUUCCUUGUACGAUUGCUCUAAGCUCGACAAUGACUCUCUCGCAAGCAUUGCGACUUUCUCUCCCCGAUUGCAGACCAUCAAUCUCCAGCUUUGCGGGCAGAUGGGCAACAUUGCCCUCGACGCCUGGUCGACCAAGAUGCACGAUCUCCACAACGUCGAGCUCUAUGGUCCCUACCUCGUCAGGAUCGACGCCUGGCAUCGCUUCUUUGAGCGCAUUGGGCAGCGCCUGAAGACCUUCAAGAUACGCGAGUCGCCCCGUUUCGAUCUCUCGUGCGUACAAAAGAUGGUCGAGCACUGCCCGAACAUCACGGAGCUGGGCUUAGCACAGAUUGGUCCUCUUGACGGGAAAGCCCUAAAGCCACUGUAUACUUACAAGAAUCUACGCUACCUGGACGUGAGCGACCCCGGUGUCUCUGGACCCGGAAUCCCCGCAGAGUCCCUCAAAGACGACGAUUUGAUCGAGCUGCUAUCCCACGUCGGCGCGAGUCUCGAGGUGCUCCACGUGGGCGGCAAUGUUGAUCUCAGCGAUCGCUUCGUCCUCGAAGGAGUACUCCGCUACUGUCGCAACCUGCGCGAGCUCAACUUGAGCCAUUGUGAAAAGAUCGAAGGCGACUCCCUCACGAUCCUCUUCGAUGUCUUCUCGGCUAGAGGCGAUGCUGGACUGGAGAAGCUCGUCCUGCGAAGAUGUAUCCAGACGAGCGACGAAGCCCUGCACGCCGUCAUUACGCACUCUGGCCACUCCCUUGUUGAGCUCGACCUGAACUCCUGCGACAAGCUCACAAAGGAUGCCCUCAAGUCCCUCGCCCGCGCACCAGAGACUGUCGAGGGCGAGAACGGUGGCUGUCCUCUCUUGGAGAAGCUCGACUUGGGCUUCGUUCGAGCGACGGACGAUGAUACGCUCACGACCAUUGUGGAUGGGACGAAGAAAUUGCAGGAACUCAAGGUCUUCGGAGAUAAUAAGCUGACGGACAUGAUUGGUAGCACGUCACGCUGCCGUAUCAUUGGUCUUGAGAAGCAAGCACUCAUUGCAAAGAAUGUCAAUUGA